UUUCUGUCUGGUGUAUAUUCUGGAAGUCUGGACGCAAGAGCUGUACCUCCUUUAAUGUACUAUAGAUACGGCUAUACGUGGAUUAUCCCCUUCCCCUUCUCUCUGUUUUGGGAUGGGGGCGACGCCGUUUCGUUCACCUCUUGGGGGGCUACCGACGGACCCGAAUGCUGCUCGCUAACCAGACACAAAGAUACAGUUCAACAACUUUCGGUUGAAUUCGUAUACGCUUACAGCCGGAUAGCUAGAUUCUUUUAAUACGACGAGUUCCUACUGAUCCUUGACGACGAACCCUGUGGAGGGUCGGAGGUCCUUGAAGGAGCUUCUUUCGUGAACUGAAAAAUCGGAAGAAAACUAUAACAAAAAAAAAUAAAUAAAUAAUAGAGUAUUAAUGAUGGUUUUCGUAUAUUGAAUUAUACCUCGAAACGAAGCGAUGCGUUCUCGUUGUUAUUGCAUAUCAUCGAUGACGAUGAUAAUAAUACCGCGUGGCAACUGCGUGGCGAUUAAAAUACAUUGUGUACAGAAUAAUUAAACUCACAAUUAGCUACGAAGGUAUUCAUAAAUAAGCGUUACUUAUAUUUAUUCCGUAUAAGGAAUUGAAAAUAGUAAGUCAAAAUGAAAGUGACAAAAAAGAAAAUAAAAGGAUAAAUGAAUGAAUAAAAUCUUUAACGAUAAAUAAUGACAUUUAUACGGGGGCAGAUAAAUUCGUUUAUGUUAUUCAUAAGGGACGGAAUAAUUUGAGAUGAGGUUGUUGACGAAGGAAUUAUACGCUGCGAUUCGUACGUCUAUGUAGAUUUUUGUUGGAAAAGUGUGUUCUGGUCUUUUAUUAUUAAUGGCAAUGAUUUCUCUGUGAUUGCAGUUUUAAAAAAGAACCGACGUAUUCUUUCUGCGUUGUCAGGGACGAGGGGGGGAGGAGAUACAACCGACAAGGUUAUGCGCAUGACACGCAUAGUCCAGUCACCCUUAACUCUCUCUAUAUAUAAACUGUUGGAGACGAGCGGUUCUUUAUUCAAAUUUUAUCCACAUGCCAGAGAGUGAACAACUCUCGCGGAUCAGCGGUAGCUUUGAACAAUACCAAUUAUUAAUUUAAUCAUCGCGGUGUUUCACGUAUUUGAUAGAAGUUAUAUCGCCAUCGGGCGCGGAUAUGUUGUUUGUUUACAACGGUGAAUUUAGUGUUUAUCAUAUACAAAAAUAUACGCGGUUUUAAUUAAUCGCGAUAUCCGUUCGGUCUAACAUUCGCUAUCGUAUCUGUAUUCGAAAGUUCGUGAUGCGGAGAUGUGAAUAAAACCCCGGGCAGGGGUAAUAAAAAUGUCUGCGCAAUUAUUGCAAUGGGUCGGCGAUUGUUUUAUGAUAAGAGGCGUGUGUGCAAAAAAAAUGCACUGCCUCCGCGCGGUGUCUGGUGGGUCGGCUAGUCCCCAGCGGACUGGCAGUUCCGGUAGCGUUUUGGGGGUGGUCCGAGCACUUGGAGUUCUGGUGAGCGAAGGAAGGGUCCAAGGUCCUCCGAGGGGCUACAAGGAAGGUCCUCACUGCGCUGCCCCUCUUCAACCAACGCCAAACAAUCAUGUGUGCGAAAAGGAUAAUUAUCUGUGUGAUCGGUACGUGAUACUGGUCCGUGAAAUUGCGGACAGAGUCACCGCUUGUUCAUAUAUAUGCGUCGAGGUCUUGUUGUGCACCGAUUGUCCCUGCGGCUUGGCAAAAGCUACCUGCAAAGACCCCGUCUUGCCGAUACCAUCCAUGUCCAUCGCCCAGUGGCAGCAGUCUUCCGAAAUGCUGUUGGAGUAUUGGUGCAUCAGUGUAAUUCCUAGCAAGGGGCCCGAGACGAUGAACAACCAGAGUUUGUACCAGGCGGUUCGAUCCCGUCUACACUUCAGUCAGGUUGCAGCUUGGUGGUCACGAAGCAAAGGUGUCGCUCCGUCCUACAUAACGACAAGAGUGGUUUCCUUCAGCGAAGAUAAUCUCAGGAAAUUCCGGGAAGCUCCGUCUGAACACACCUUUCCUUUGGCUGCAUGUGGCGAUGGAAAUUCGAUCAAGGUCACGGUCUGGGCCCUGCCUCGACUAGAAGAUGUUCCGAUUCUCACUUGUCUGAUACACCCUACAGCUGAUAAAGAAGAAGAAGGUGCCGCCAGGGCUUUGACACCGACGAAGAAUAGUCCAGCACCACUAACCAGUUCCAAUCCCGAGGCCCUCGUUCUUCCAACUUUGGUAGACGACAGACUUCAAACACCUUGCAACGAGCCUGGAAAACAUCAUUGUCGAUGCGAAGAAGAGGACGGUUGUCCGCCGUCACCUUCCCUUAGAGCAAAUGGUGAACGUAAAAGACGUCGGUCACUUCCACGUGGCCCCGACUUCAUCCCAUGCAGCGUCCCUCACACAACUGUGGCUGCUGCUUCGGUAUUACCAUCCGUUGAUGAGCUGACUAUCGGAGAUCAAGAAAACAGAAUUAACCGUAAUGUGGGCUCGGAUUUUGCUGAGCAUCAUCACAAUGAAACAUCGUAUUUGGAAAAUCAAAGUUCUGUGAACACGAACGUUGCUACAGGCAGUAGAUCUCGUCGUUUCCAAUUAUCAGCCCUUCAAAGUUUUGGCAAAGAAGAGUCUAGCGAGGAGAACCCACACCUGUGCAAUGAGAUAAACACGAACGACACCGAGAAUAGUGAUGGUAGCCUAGAAAAAAGCUUCAGUGUUCAGCUAAGCAUGGAGGAGCAAGAGAGCAACAUUGAAAAGCGCUAUAAGUGCAGUGUGAAACCUUCUGUAAUCGGCGACACGGGAACAUUGUGCAAAACUCAACCGCCACCUUGGCGACGAGACAGGUCGCCGAAAUUCCACAAGAAGAACAGUUCAACAGUUACAAACGCUGAAAGUGGACGCGCAACAUGGAGCAAGAUGGAGCUGUCAGAUUCAGAGCAAUUGCCGUCGUUCAAGACGGAAGGUUUUCACAAUACCACCGCAAGCAUAAAUUGGACAACGAGCACCAUCAGUGGAAAAGAAUCCGAGUGCGGUUAUGAUGUGAAAGAUAAAGUGCCAUUUGCUGAUAGUGUAGGUCGACCCCCAAUCAUUAAUGGCAAAGCGAAUUUCGUCGUCAAUCCUUUUGGCGAAAGCAGUCCCUUUCACGAGUCAAAUCCUGGACCCUCGACGUAUAACUUUCUAGAUGAAUCUACUUCACGGAGACCAGAUGUGAGUGGAGAAAUCGCGUCGUCUUCAGCUAACGAUGAUUUGAGUCAGUUAUUGUCUAAAUGGAAAUUUCCCGAUCAACUGGAGGAGUCCAAGGAUGAAAAAGGAAUUCUAGGUUGGAUAAGUAAAGUACCAAGCAGAGUAUUUGGCGUAGCAACUAACAACAGUUCUACAGAUUGCACUUCGAAAGCUGAUGAAGAUAAAGGAGACGAUCGUGUUAGCGCAAGCAGAGCGGAACGCAAGCAGAAUUGUGGUUUAGAACUCAGCCAGCGAGAAUUUGAUGAAGUGCUGGCUGUUCUCCGAGCUCGAACUCCUGCCGGGCGACGUCGUACUCCCUCACGAACAAUCCGAAGACGGGAGAAGUUAGAAAAGCAGUCUGAAGAAAGCAUAGCUGAAGACAAGCCCGAUGUUUGGGGGACACCAACUAAUAUUAAUGUUUGCAACUAUGCUGCACGAUCCAAUACUCCAAAGAUUCUGAUAGCCGAUAGAUUAGGUAAUGCGAAAUUCCACACCGGCGAUAACAAUCAAAGUCCACUCUGUCCGGAAAAUCGUGAACCGAUGGACACGCUCUCGAAAGGUUCGAAAAGAGUCAUCUAUUCGUACGGAUCAAUGCGGCAUGGAAAAUAUAAGAACCUAGAUAAGCAGGAUGCCAAGCCCCUGGAACCUUUGUUUAAUGAGACUAGCAAAGCUGAUGUGUUAAUGGAUGCCAUUUUGCGAACUAGCAAGGACCCGCGAAAGGGGCUUUCUGAUAUAUCGAAUGGAGCUCGACCGAGGACACUUCCAGCACCGGAGAACCACAACGGUUAUAAAGUUGAAGUGCAAACUGGCAAAUUAAAGAAUGUUAAUAAAGUAUCCAGUGCUGCGCAAUUCAUUGAGAAUGAUAAAUCAAUACCUUGUACGAUAAAUGAGCGGAUAGGUCGAAUAAGACAGCUGUUCAGAAAAGAGCAGGGUGACAAGAAUUGGGAUCUACUUGCGUUGGAAGAUUGUUCCAAAGAAUGUGCCACAAGGUCUGAUCAAUUCCUAAAUACCUCUAAGUUUUAUGCUACUCAUGAUUCCAAGUUUUUAUUGAAAAACUCCAAGGAUAGCCGUGUCAAAAGGAAGAUUGAUUUCUCAAAUCUUUCCGUUGAUCAGAAGGACUCCUUUGACGAAAGCAAUAGAAUGUGUCGUCGUGCGAAUGGAAUCUAUCAAAAUCCUUUAUUCAAUGGCAUAAGCUACGGGUUGCAGAAUACUUCUAUGAUGAAAAUAAAGGAGUUCACUCGCGCUCCUGAAGUUCAGCGAGAAAGUAGAGAAAAAGAAGAUCAUCGGUAUAUUCCACGUGAAUUGAAAACCCCUAGUACAAAGUUGAAGCUACGCAUCGGUCGUGGAGAGAGGAACCAUGAUAUGAAAUUUGAUUGUGUUAAUUAUUCAGAAAGUCACAACGGUUGCAAUGCAGUCUCAAAUCCAAAUAAAGGUUCUAAUAAUGGAAAUAGUAAUUAUUCAUCAGCCGAAUUGCACAAACAGACUAAUUAUGUAGAUUCGAAGAAUAGCGACGCUCCUGAGAAAGGAGUACCUUCAGCCAUUGAACAAGAACAGUUUAGACGGUCUUUUGGAAAUGCAGCUUCCAUGGUGUUUCACAGCCGAACUGGGCUCCCGCUAACCUCCAGUCCUGCACCAUUGCGAAGAGGCAGCUGCUGCUUCGACUAUGACAGUAGUUUGAACUCCGUCUCAUCUAAAAGAAGCGCCCUGUUCGAACUGAACACCCCGCCUAGCCCGGGAGCGGUGUCACUAGAGGAAGGCGAUAGGGAAGCUGAUAUUACAUGUGAAGGUGAGGAGGCGAUAAAACGUCGUACUUCAUCGAGAGUACUCCCACACAGUCAUGCUCUUCUGGGUAGUUUCGAGGAAUCUGCUCUGAACGGGAGACUAGAACCAGUCUCAACAGUCCAUGGAUUCACCGCUGAACUCGGUGCUAGUGGCUCAUUUUGUCCUAAGCACAGAAAACUUCCUGUCACUGUUUUCUUUUACACCUUAGGAGACAACGACAAAGUUUCAACGCCAUAUCUUGCUCAUAUUAACCUCGGAAAAAAAGGUUACCAAGUGCCACGCAGCGGAACUAUACAAGUUACUCUCUUAAAUCCAUUGGGUACAGUUGUGAAAAUGUUCGUUGUAAUGUACGAUUUGUCCGAUAUGCCUACAAGAUCCCACACUUUUCUUCGUCAAAGAACUUUGAGGGAUAAAACACUGCGCUACCUCAUCCAUCUAAGGUUCAUGUCAGGCAAGUCUGGUAGGAUUUAUUUGCAUACCGAUAUCAGGAUGAUAAUCUGUCGUAAAUCCGACGUCGACACAGCGUCAGAUUUGGGAGCAGAACCGCCAAAAGAAUUACGAAGUUUUGUUCGUGGUCCAACAAAUCCGAAAUUCUCUCCAAGAUGCUGAACCACGUGGAUUUCAUGGGCAUGUUGCCAGCCGCUACAGCCAUUUAGUUUUAUUAAAGUUGGAAUUUGACAAAUGACCAGCGCCGCAAGAUGAGAACAAUGAAAAAUGAAUAAUUUAGUAAGUUGCAAAUUUCCUUUUAUUUUUCUUUCUUUCUUAAUCGAAGUUAAUGUUUUAUUUAUUUAUUUAUUUUGGUUUUUUAUGGUUUUUCCUCAAUAUUACGUUCAAUUGAGGCAUCAAAGAGUUGAGUUAAAUUGAAAUUUCUUGUUCUUGUUAAUGGCGUAUCACAUGACGGGCUGCACAAGCAUGUUGGCUAUGAACACCUUGGUAAUCAAUUUGCUGUGAAUGUUUAAUGUAAAUAAUUUGAAAAAAAGAAAAAAUAAACUAGCCAUGUAAUAUAAUGUAAAUUUCAUAGUGGGAUGAUACUGCCAUAUACCAUGUAUGUGUAGCACCCUGCUUCAUAAUAAAAGAAGUGAUAUAUUACGGUGGUACGAAAAAUUAGAGAAAGAAUCUCCAAUCGUUUUACUAUUAUUAUUUUUAUUCUUUUUCUGAUCAAAAUAUUAGAAACUAAACAUCAAAAGAUAUCACGAUCAUCCCAGAUUAUUGUUGUUGGUGUUUGUUUUUUUUUAAUCCAUGUAACAUGAAAAAAAAAAUGAUUAAUUAUCAUCGAUCGGAGGUUCUUUCACACUCUAAAUCCACCGAGUUUUUAAACAUAGAUAUGGUAUACAUACAUAUAGAUGCGUAUUGCGUAUAUUUAUAUGUAUAUACAACAUAUAUUGAUAGUACACAAUUUUGUGUCUUUAGCACUGUGAUGAAAUAUUGUAGAGUGUAUAUGUAUAGCUAUAUACAUAUAUAUCGCAUAUAUUAUAAUGAAUAAAUAAAAGUUUGCAUAGCAUUAUAGUUUUUAGAUUCGAAAUGAUAUCACGAAUAUUUUGAAUAAAAAACACAAGCAUAUAGAAAACAAAAGGGAAAAAUUGAAACAAGGUAUGAAAAAUAGAAAAAUGAAUCAACAAAUAUACGAUCCACACGUGAAGACAAAAGAGAGAAUGCAGUCAAGUGUAAAUUAAAUCAUACCUACACCUAUCACUGUUAACCCAGUUAUGCAUAAUACAUAGAUAUGUAAACUCAACGGGCACAUAUACAGUCGUUAUUGUCGAACAUGAUGUAAAUAAAUAUGUAAACAGUCCUCGAAACGGUUCAACAAUGUCGCUAAAGUUUUCGCAGUUCCCAAAAUUUCGGUAUUUCAUUGAAACGGUUUAUUCAUGAUAACAAUGAUAAUAAAAUAAUAGUAUCUCUCUCAAAUGUGAUACUGUUUUAAUGCUUAAAAAAAUGUAUAUGUGAUAGUGUAACUCAAUCAUAAUUGAAUGGUGUAAGAGGAGAAAUAUCAGCCCACGUUCGAUGAUUUAUUUUGGAUGAGACCAUGUUCAAAUAAACUUGACGAGUCUAAUUUACGUUGCAUCUAAUAUUGAACCGAUAAAAUUACAGUAGAACAUCGUACAAGUUUAGUAUUCGGGGCUAAAUAUUAACACUCCGCAUUCCUGUCUCGCAUACUAACAGAGAAGAUAUAUAUACACAUAUAUAUUUUUUAUUGAAUUAAUAAAUUAUAUUGUUACGACUAGUGCUCCUGAAUAGUAAAUUUCCUAAGUAUGAAUUUUCAAACUCUUGGCAGCUCUUGUUGAAUGAAAAUGAAGUAAAUAAUUCUUUGGAAAUAAAAUCUUUCGGCAAAGUUUAGAAGAAAAUUUUUGUAAAUGCUGAAAACUAUGAUUGAUCAAGCUCAUAAAAGAAUCGACACAUUCAUGGUAGAUAUGCUAAUGCGACGAAAAGUUUCAUUACCCAAGGCAAUAAUUAUACAAUUCCUCGUAGGCACGUUACAAUAAAUCAAAUUGAUAUGUAUAUUUAUUAAAAUUGUGAUCUCGAGCAGUGCUAAACUAAUUUGAUAUUUAAUGAUAUAAAUCCUCGUAAAUUAUAAAUAUUAGAAUACAUAAUCACUGCCGCAUUAUAACUUUAUGUAGUAAAGUUACGAUACAUCAUAUACAUAAAAUUCGGAUCAAUCGAUAAAAAACAUUUAACGUAGCUUGGAUCUGUCGGCAUUUCAAUUCUGUUCAAUAUUAUCGUGCUUUGCCAAGUAUAGCUUAUUCAUGAUUGCAGAAAAAGAAAAUAUAUUUUCAUUAAAUCCUUGAGGUUUCGACGACCCGUUGAUUGUUUUUCAAACAUAAUGUGUCCGCUGCAGAAUAUUGUAGGAUUUUUAGAGGUCUUCUCUCUGUCUCAUCAUAGUUUUAAAAAUCAUUCAACUAUAUUUUUGUAAUGGUAAAAUAAUUUAUCGAUUCGUAAUGCAUAAUCAUCGGGUUUGAGUAACGCUAAUUUAUAAAAAUAAAAAAAUAAAGAAAAGAAUGCUUUUUGUUCGACUUUGUUGGAGAGAUUCUACUAUUGUACUGGAACAUUUUGACGAGUUUGUUUUAUUCAUUGAUUUUGAAACCGUUUGUUCUCCUGCUUUCUUUUUUAUCAGUAUCGUAUGUCUCUUCUUCGUUUCUUUAAUUUAGUUUCGUUACUAGUAAUUUAUCUUCAUUCUUGUUAUUUUAAAUAGGUUCAGGCAGCUGGGUAUUAGAUUAAAAAAUCUGAGUGCUAGCAGCCAAAAAAUUGAGCAUGGUUAAUAAUCGAUUAGAAAUUUACUAAUAUAUCUUCAUUGAGAUCAUUAAACCUUGUUUGUUUUUAUUUUUUAAUUUUUUUUGUUUAACUUGAAAAUGUUUCUACGUUUACAAAUUUUAUCAGAUUAAUUUUCAUUUCAAAUUUUGUGUGCUGUUUAUUAUACCCUAUAGAACAAUGUGACGAAAGUAAAGCAUUGUAAAUAGGGACAAAAAAGAUAGUUAUUUUAUAAGAAAAUUUUGUCAACGUUAUAGAGGUAUAUAAACAAUGCUUCUUCUUAAAUUCAAAAUUGUUCUGAAUCAUGUGGUAAUAUGCAUAGAUCAUCGUAAUGAUAAAUUCAAACAGAUAAAUCAAUAAAUAAUAAUAAUGAAUUAACCAA